AUGGCCGAUUCCUACCAAUCAGCUCACUAUGAUCACCCCAUCCCAGACGUGAGCAAGCCAUUCGAUCUGAGAUGUCCCGACAACACAGAUCUCUGGCGCAUCCCUCCUUCAACAAGUCGCGCCAACACACCUCAUAUCUACCGUACUAUCGCGGCCUCUGAGUUCAAGUCAGCACGCGUCACAGUCUCAGGCCCAUGGACCAAACUCUACGAUCAAGGCGGCCUUUGCAUGAUCAUUGAUAUUCCCGGUGCUGAUCAGAACAAAUGGGUCAAGACUGGCAUUGAGAUGUUGAAUGGCAAGCCUCGUGUCAGUGUCGUUGGAACCGAUUCUUGGUCUGAUUGGAGCUUGCACCCGGUGGUUGCAGCUGACAAGGUGUCUGCCACCAUCGAGAUGGUCGUCGAGCAUGACCAUCUGUGGGUAUAUCUGCUCGGCGAUGACGGCGAGCGUCACCCCAUGAGAGAAAUCACCUGGUGGAAUGCCUUGCCUAAGGAUGCACAAUGCAAAGUCGGUGUCUCUGCGGCUAGACCAGCCACUGAUGGAGGUGAAUUGCUCGUGCAUUAUGAGAACUUGAUCAUCACCACCUAG